GCGAAGGCGGGUGAAGAGAUUAUUAGGGAUUUGAUGAUAAGCUUUGGGGGAUUCUGUUUUAUGGGAGUUGUUUUGUUGGGGGUUUUUCUCUUCCUUUUGUAUAUUUUUACUUGCUUGAAAUACUCUUCUUUUGGACAUUGUAUCUACGCAUAUCCUUUUCAGGCCACCAGAUACUUCAAUACUUGCAUAGAAUCUUCACAUCGUCCUACGCCCUACGCUUGUCAUAUCCAGUCAAAAGAUUUACCAAUUUCCCUCGUAACUUUGCUGCGAAAUCUCCAUAAACAACCAUGAGCAUGCCUUUCAAUACCCCCGCUAUUCUGCGCACACCAUAUACCAUACAACCCGUCCCACGAGAUCUUAUCCUCUCUUCUCCAAAGUCCACACGCGAUGAUGAACCUCAUAUUCUUUGGGUUGGAUGCAGUGACAGCUCAGUUAUGGAGACAGAUUCCCUGAAUGUGGGGAGAGCCGAGAUGUUUGUACAUAGAAACCUGGGACACCUUCUGAGCAAUGGAGAUCUGAGUAGUAGAAGUGCUGUCGAGUGGAGCGUAGAGUUGUUGAAGGUACGUCUAAGCUACAGCUCCAUAUGAUUUAGUAUGCAUCAUCGGCUAGCAAGCUGCGUUGGGUCGCGAGCAGUGUAUGGGAGGAUUUUUGGGAACUUCAAAGCUUGAACAACUUUCAAUAACGUAUUGAAGAACUGUGUAUCAGAUAGACAGCAGGGAUUCGUACUAACACAUUCUGAACAGGUUGACCACAUCGUCGUCUGCGGCCACUACGGCUGUGCAAUGCUCCAACAACAAGAACACGAAUCCCUCAAAACCCCAAACACCUGGUAUAAGUAAGGUUCACCUUAUCCCCAUAUUAUUACUUACUCUCCCCAUUCUCUUGCUAAAGACCCCUACCACCAGAGACGUAGCCCAACUCCAUCGCCACCACACCCUCGACCUGUCAGAAAAGCACAUUGUCCUUCCUGAACAUGAUCUCCAACACCGAUUCGAGGAUAUCUACGUCCUGGCAGAGGUAGACUGGCUAAAGCGACAGCCGUUGGUUAAGAAGGCUAUGGAAGAGAGGGGGAUGCAGAUUCAUGCUUUUGUGUGGGAUGAGGAGACGAAUGGUUGUGUGCAGCUUAUCGCUGGGAAGCCUGAUUUGUCAUAAUUUGAUAACUUUGGCGGAGGCGUGUGUUGUAACUAUUUUGGAGUAUUUGUGUGGCGUCAGCCUCAGCAGCUAUCACCAAAGGGACCCGAAGGCUCUUUUUUGCGGUUAGGAGAUCUUUUUGUGGGUAAAUGCUUGUAUGUUUUUAUUCGCGGG